AUGUACCGGCUCCUGUCAGCCGUGACGGCCAGGGCCGCGACCACCCGGGGCUGCGCCUGGGGCUGUGGGCGGCGUGCGGUUCAUCAGCGUGCCGGGCUGCCGCCACUCGGCCCCGGGUGGGUCGGGGGCCUCGGGCUGGGGCUGGGGCUGGCACUUGGGGUUAAGCUGGCCGGCGGGCUGAGGGGCGCAUCCCCCGCGCCACCUGCCGCGGCCCCCGACCCCGAGGCCCCGCCUCAGGCCGAGCUGCUGCAGGCGCAGGAACAGCCCCUCGCCCCGUGGUCUCCGCAGACCCUGGCGCCGCCGCACGCCAGGCACUUCGCCAGAGCCAUCGACAGCAGCCGCGACCUCCUGCACAGGAUCAAGGAUGAGGUGGGCGCACCUGGCAUUGUAGUUGGAGUCUCUGUAGAUGGAAAAGAAGUCUGGUCAGAAGGUUUAGGUUAUGCUGAUGUUGAGAACCGUGUACCAUGCAAGCCAGAGACAGUUAUGAGAAUUGCCAGUAUCAGCAAAAGCCUCACCAUGGUUGCUAUUGCCAAACUGUGGGAAGCAGGGAAACUGGAUUUUGAUAUUCCAGUACAACAUUAUGUUCCUGAAUUCCCAGAAAAAGAAUAUGAAGGUGAAAAGGUGUCUGUCACAACAAGAUUAUUGAUUUCCCAUUUAAGUGGAAUUCGUCAUUAUGAAAAGGACAUGAAAAAGGUGAAAGAAGAGAAAGCUUAUAAAGCCUUAAAGAUGAUGAAAGGGAUGAUGGAAUCUGACCAAGAAAAAGAGUUAAAAGAAAAAGGAGGCAAAAGUAAUGAAAAGAAUGACUUUGCUAAAGCUAAGAUAGAGCAAGAUAAUGAAACCAAAGGCCGAAAUUCAAAGCCUUGCAAGAAAAAGAAUGAUUUUGAACAAGGUGAAUUAUAUUUGAAAGAAAAAUUUGAAAAUUCAAUUGAAUCUCUAAGAUUAUUUAAAAAUGACCCUUUGUUCUUCAAACCUGGUAGUCAGUUUUUGUAUUCAACUUUUGGCUAUACCCUACUGGCAGCCAUAGUAGAAAGAGCUUCAGGAUAUAAAUAUUUGGACUAUAUGCAGAAAAUAUUCCAUGACUUGGAUAUGCUGACAACUGUGCAGGAGGAAAAUGAGCCAGUGAUUUACAAUAGAGCAAGAUUUUAUGUUUACAAUAAAAAGAAACGCCUUGUCAACACACCUUAUGUGGAUAACUCCUAUAAAUGGGCUGGUGGUGGAUUUCUGUCUACAGUGGGUGACCUUCUGAAAUUUGGGAAUGCGAUGCUGUAUGGUUACCAAGUCGGGCUGUUUAAGAACUCAAAUGAAAAUCUUUUACCUGGAUAUCUUAAACCGGAAACAAUGCUUAUGAUUUGGACACCAGUCCCUAACACAGAGAUGUCUUGGGAUAAAGAGGGUAAAUAUGCAAUGGCAUGGGGCGUGGUGGAAAAGAAGCAAACAUAUGGUUCUUGCAGGAAGCAGCGGCAUUAUGCCUCACACACUGGAGGCGCAGUGGGUGCCAGUAGUGUCCUGCUGGUCCUUCCUGAAGAACUGGAUGCAGAAGCUCUAAAUACCAAGGUCCCCCCAAGAGGAAUAGUUGUUUCUAUCAUUUGUAAUAUGCAGUCUGUUGGCCUCAACAGCACUGCUUUAAAGAUUGCUCUGGAAUUUGAUAAAGACAGAUCAGACGUACCUUAACAUCACAGGUGCAAAACAAGCUGUUAUGGUUUUGUUUUUGUUUGUUGGUUUUUGUUUUGUUUUGAAACAUUGAAGUCCCAAAAUACAUGCAAUUUUAAAGAAUAAAUUUGUAAUAGAGUAUAACU